AUGGAUGCGACGGAAGCUCCGGGAAGCAUGGUGAAGAUCGAAGAGUGGCUGAAGGCUCUACGAGACCACCUUGGUUCUCUGGAUGAGAAGCUCUUCAUUGACGAGGCGGAGGAGCCUCUGACGAUUCCUCCCAUUGGACAACCCUUAUUACCCCCUGUGGGCGUAGCGGCGGAGGAAGUAGCUAAGACGAGGCCGAGGAGUAGCAAGAAAAAGAAGGGCAAAGGGAAGAAGGGCAAAGCUCAGGGACAGGCCAUGUCCGCCUUCCAAAUGCGUGGGACGGCCGGCGAGUUCCAUGUCACCACUUUGUCCCCUCAGCCACGGGUAUCUGGAGUUUUCAUGAACGACUAG